AUUAACUCAAAAAAAAAAAAAAACUGAAAACUAACUCUUCUUUUUUUCAUCCCAGAAAAGCGUUUUAACUCCUUUGUUUUGCUGCCAGUUCUCUGCUCCUCUGUCUGUUUAGUUUCCGGCAACGCUGGCCGCCGGAGAACCCAACGGUUCUCCAGUCUCCGACGGUGGGCAUGGUGGCCGAACAAGAAUGUUUGAUUUUUCUUUUUUUAAAACAUUUUCUUCAUAUUAUUUUUUCUGUUUCCUCUGUUUCUGUUUGCUGUCUAUCUCCGGCGAGGCUCCGCCGCCGGAGACCCAAAAGUCUCCUGUUACAGGCAGCGGGCCAUCGUGGCCGGUAAAUAAAACCCUCCUUUUUAAAAAAAAAAGUUCACAUUUCCUUUUCUCUACAUUUAAAAGAAAACGAAAGAACACAAGUUUUUACUCUUUUAAGAGCUUUUGCUUUCGGAAAAUGGAAGGAUUUCUCCUUUCUCUGUUUUUGGCUUCUCGAUUCGGUGGAAUAGCUUAACCAUAAUUGAAGGUGGAGAAUCUGAUGGUGCCAACACAUACAAAGAUAGUCAAGUCUGCAAAUGCUCACUGUGCAAGAAUUCCAGAGGUGGUUCCACAUCACAUUCACGAUCGACUGUUUUAGGGAACACAUUCUGUUUCCGACUCCUCUUCCCUCCGGCCUCCACACAGUAGAACUAAGGUUAUUAUUUUUUAUUUUAACGGUUUUUCCGAUUCCAGGCUCAUGCUGGCUUUAUAUUUUCCGGUUCAAUGUAUAUAAUUGAACCGUCGGUCCAACCGGUUUCAACAGUUACUACUUUUAGAUACAAGAAAACAACAAAAUGCUUUAAUAAUUUUUAUUGACAUCAGAGAGAGAGAGAGAAUUCGAGAGGGAAAAAAGAGGGAGAAACUUUACUGUCUGACCUAAAUUUUAUUAUAAUCGACUAUGGUGUUAAGUCUUCUGAAAUCAAAGAUCCCCAAAUACCCAUUUCCUGAAACAUUUCAAAAUCCAUAUUCGAUUCGGGUUUCCUCCUUUGAUCAUCAAUAAAUCCAUAUGCUGAAGAAACUUCAAUCAUUAAAUCAAAAGCUACAGUUUUUGAGGAGCUUAAAACACUAGGGUUAUGGGAGCUGAAAAGAAAUGGCUUUUCACUCUCUUUUUGACAACAAUUUUCUCCAUUCUCCUCCUCUUACUUUACUCGAUCUCUGUUUUCAGCUCCCCUAGACUUUUCCCUUCUCAAGUCCAACAUGGUCUUCAUUCUCCACCAGCUUUUGCUUACUAUUUAUUUGGUGGAAAAGGUGAUAAGGAUCGGAUCUUUAGGCUACUACUUGCUGUCUAUCAUCCCAGGAAUCGAUAUUUGCUGCAACUUGGUGCUGACGCUUCCGAUGAGGAAAGGUAUAGGUUGGUUUUGGCUUUGAAAUCUGUGCCUGCUAUUAGGAGCUUUGAAAAUGUGGAUGUUAUAGGGAAGCCUGAUAGGUUUUCUUCUAUGGGUUCUACACAUAUUGCUGCCACGUUGCAUGCUGCUGCUAUGUUGAUGAAGCUUGAUCGUGGCUGGGAUUGGUUUAUUGCUUUGAGUGCUUUGGACUAUCCCUUGGUUACUCAAGAUGAUUUGUCCCACGUGUUCUCCUCUGUUAGGAGGGACCUCAAUUUCAUUGAUCAUACUAGUGACCUUGGGUGGAAAGAAGAUCAACGGGUCCUGCCUAUUGUGGUUGACCCAGGGAUUUACCUAGCUAGGAGGACUAAAAUUUUUCAUGCUACGCAGAAACGACUAAUGCCUGAUGCUUUUAAAGUGUUCACAGGUUCGCCAUGGGUUGUCUUAAGCAGAUCCUUUCUGGAAUUUUGCCUUUUCGGGUGGGAUAAUCUACCUCGGACCCUUCUGAUGUAUUUUAACAAUGUUAUGUUAUCCGAAGAAAGCUAUUUUCAUUCUGUCAUUUGCAAUUCACCGGAGUUCAAGAACACUACUAUAAACGGUGAUUUAAGAUAUAUGAUCUGGGACAGUCCUCCGAAGACAGAACCCCACUUUAUCAACGAUUCUGAUUAUGAUCAAAUGGCUCAAAGUGGAGCAGCAUUUGCAAGACAGUUUCAGAAAGAUGAUCCUGUGUUGGACAUGAUUGAUGAAAAGAUCCUCAAGUGUGGGCGAAACCGAGCUGUCCCAGGGGCAUGGUGCACUGGCCGGCGAAGCUGGUGGGUAGAUCCUUGCUCACAAUGGGGUGAUGUUAAUGUCUUGAAGCCUGGACCACAGGCAAAGAAGUUAGAGGAAACUAUACUAAACCUUCUUGAUGACUGGAAUUCGCAGUCCAAUCAGUGCAUAUGAAGGGGUGUGAAGUGCGAGCUAAAAAGUGAAUAUAUCAGAGACUCGGUACAUUGAUCCUGCAUCCAAAUUUCAUGAAAGGUUCGAAAGAAUACCCAUCAGAUGAGAGACAUUAUUUGGUCGACGCCUUUGGCUUCAGGGUUCAUAUUCAAUGGUAAGACCAGAAUGAGUAAGAGAAACUCCCUCUCGAGCUGCCAUUUGCAUGCUGUUAUUAUAUGUUGUACCCACCCUUCACGUUGACGUUGAAAGACAAAAUCAUUCAUUAAAAUCUCGUGUUAUAUUGCACCCAUGGUUCUCUCUCUCAUACCAGCAAUAGGACGAUUUUAUGGCUACAAAGUGUAGAUCAACUUAGAAAACAAGGUGAGAAAAGCCUGUUUAACACUAUUUAUCAUUGAACUAAUUAUUCAGUAGAAUGUUUUUUUCUUUCUGAUAAAA